CGCUUGCCUGGCCCGGGGCGUUUUCUCACUCACCCUCACAGCGUCAAGCAGACCGGACGACCGGGCAGAGCUGUCCAGUGAAUGCUGCACACCAGCCGACUCGCAAGAAUGCUGCUCUUCUACGCCCUCGUCUGCGUUGUCACGCUCGGGCGUGUGGUGACGGGAGCCUGUGACCGCUCUCGGAGGUACCUCGUCAGCGUCAACAGCAGCCAGGUGCACGUGUGGCCCGGGGAAGAGGUGGACCUCUACUGCCGUCUGGCGACAGACAGCGGGUGCCGUUGGCUGAAGGGCGACCAAGUCCUGGGCGAAGCCUGCCAGCUGUCCACGUCUGAGAGAGGUCUCAUUAAAUGCGUGCAGGGAGAGGAAGUCGUGGGAUCAGUCCAUCUGAGAGAACCAAAGCCAUCGGAUGUCGUACGGGCUCAUCCCGGCAAUGACACUUCUCGAGAGGAAGGACAUGAUUUGUCGUACCAGAAUGGCUCGACGGAAAGCACAUCCCUGAAAACGCAGAAAACAAGCUUUCUGUGCUCGGACACCGGAAAAAUCAUUGAAAAAACCCGACUUUGUGACGGAAUUAUGCACUGCAGCAACGGAGAGGACGAGCAAGAAUGUGAGCCACCAUGCGGCGCACCAAGCGUCAGGGAACACAGUACCCUGUCUACACCAGAAACGAAGGUUUACAAAGACGGCGCCGAGGUCAAAUAUGCCUGCGAAAGCGGAUUCGGCUUCCGAAACUCCCUCAACUGGUUCCGCAGAACUUGUCAAAGGGGGCGGUGGAGCGAUGAGUCUCCCAGUUGCCACGAGAACGUCGCCUUAAACCAGCCGGUGGUCGUCGAAGGCCACGUCAUCGGCGGACGUUGCCUGCAGGUAGUCAACGACGGCAUAUCCGACAACUGGUGCAUGCUGAUGCCCACCACACAGCCGCAGUCUAUCGCUGUGCAGCUCGCCGCCAACGUGUCCGUGAGCCAGGUGCUGGUCAGGUUUUUCAACGAACGGCACGAGGUGUCGCUGAGGGAUAUGAACCGAAUCAGGGCCUCGGUACAGUGUCAGUGCGCCAACAGCUCCGUCGCCGCGUCCAACCCGAGUCUGUCUGGGCUGGCCGUGUGCUCUUGUCCGGUCGGCAGUCUCACCGGCCCGGUGGAGAUUGUCGUCAGCAAGGAACUUUCGACGUUCAAGUCCCUGUCCGUCGCCGAGAUCGCCGCGUUCAAGGCGAGCGCGCCGGACGAGGCCGGCGGAGGCGACAGCUGUGCACUGCUGGACCAGCCGGCAUACGGCGAGUACGAGCCGGCGGGUGACGGCAGCGUGCGCCUGGUCUGCCAGCCCGGCUACAGCGCCAACUGCACUGACGUCACGCCGUGUCGAGACGUCGCCAGCGGCGCCGUCCGGCUCAGCUGCCGGCCGCUGACCUGCCCGCCGCCGCCGGCCAUCCCGCACGCCGUCGUGCAGGCGGAGAACGGCACGGCGUGGAUGGCCGUGACCGAGUACGCCUGCGCCGCCGGCUACCAGCUGUACCCGCCCGAGCAGCGGACGACGGCCGUCUGCGAGGACGGCCUCUGGUCGCUCAGCCAUGUUGUUUGCUUGCCCGAGACGGACAUCCGCGUGGUGGCGCUGCGCAUGAGCCAGCAGCACGAGCGCAGCGUGAGCGCGCUGCGCCGCGAGCUGGAGGCGCUUCUCUCAGAGCAGCAACAACAGCUGGUCAAGCAGCUGAACCAGACGCAGGAUCGGCUGAAAAACAUCCAGGAGCAGUUUGACGAGACCGAUCGGCAGUUGGAUAGACUCCAGAGUAAGGUGGAUAGGAUGCAGUCCAAGGUUGACUCUAACUCACGGAGAUACUACGGCUGACACCGUGGUUGACGAGAUUUAUCAGGGUCUGCGAAGGCUUGAUGAGAGAAAAUCGGCGAAACGCAGUUUGAUACAACAAUCUUGGCUGCUGCGGAUCUUAGCGAGAAGUGCAUUAUAUGCAUAGAGAAUAUCAUCGGUUACUUCUCCCCAAAACGCUUGCUUAUAACUCCUAAUUGCUUAUAAUUUUAUAACCGGCCAUUAGCAAGUUAAUUGCUUAUAACUUGCUAAUGGCCGGUUGAAUACCACGUGGACGAGUCGAGGGACAUUUUGCCAUCAUUAUAAAUCGAAAACCAAUAGACCUUGAAACCCCAAAGUCACAGAAUUGACGGGACUCUACGUGACCUUGUUUGACAUUGUGAUAUCUCUAGGUUGUAACGUUCGGGUCAGCUAGGAUUAAACCAGGUCGACAUUGAGAUCAUUGCCGGAAGUGCGCUUAACCUGCUCACACAACCAGCUCAAAACUGAAUACAUGUUCCGAGCAAAAGGCCAGCCCGACUUGUCUCAGGUCAGUGACCUUACAUUGCCCUGAGGCGGAAAAAUUCCACUAAGUCUUUCUCGCUCAUUUUGGUGUUUAAAUUUGAAACCAGCGUCCAUUGCUACCUUAGGUGUUAAGUUCUACGAUGCAAAAUGCUGAUAAGGUCAGUUUUGGACGGUGACCCAGCGUGACGUCCCCACAUGUAAUAAAUUUGUAACGUGUUAGCGUUGAAGGAAUCGAAAAUGUGUGUAAAAACGAACGAACGAAAUCUUUUUAAAAAAUACGAUUUGUGAUUAACCUUGACCCGACCCUCAUAAGCGAGCAAUGUCAACGCAAUUGGAGGCCUUGCUACCUCAAUUGUUUUAUUGUCUAAGAAAGCUUCUCAACGCUGUAAAAAGCCAAGACGUCAAAGCUGGUGUCAUGUAAACAGCUCCGUUAGUGCAUCCGCUGGAAAUAUCUAAUAGAAUUGCCUUUGCUGACAGCUGCGGCCCGAGUUGUGCCCUCUACAGGUCAGUGACAUUGAACAAUAAAUCCUGCUAUUCACACUACAA